UUGGCGCUGCCGGGUACCAGAAUAUGGGCUGCCAGCCGACACCCCUCUCGUUGUUACCUGCGCUGACUUUACAGAUUCCUACAAUAUAGAAUAAUCCCCGUUAAUAUCAUCAAUUUAAGAGAAAUUUCUUGACUGGCCUAUCAAGGAUGGAUAGGGACAGAGACAAAAUGGCCAAGAGGAUGGUAAAUCUCACCCUAGAGAUACUCUUCCAACUUACUGGAGAGGAUUACACAGUGGUGAAGAAGACCUCUAGUGAGCGCUGUCAGGUUCCUGUGUAUGAAGGAUGGGGAAGAACCCUGAGCCCAAUCAAGGGGCCUCCACCUCACUCCAUGAUACAUGAGAAAAUCAAUGCACAGAAGAUCCUAGAACUCACCAACAAGAUGAUUGAGCUGCUGACUGGAGAGGUUCCUAUAAGGUGUCAGGAUGUCACUGUCUAUUUUUCGGUGGAGGAGUGGGAGUAUGUGGAAGGAAACAAGGAUAUUUACAAAGACAUCAUGGUGGAGAACCACCAGCCCCUCAUAUCACUAGAAAGAUCUAGUAAGAGAACAACACCAGAGAGAUGUCCCAGUCCUCUUCUUCCACAGGAUCAUCAGAUAACUGUACCAGGAAUACAAAGGACCAUUUCAUAUCUUCAGAUUCUAAAGCCAAUGAUCUUGGUGUCACACAAGACAAAUUUGAAGAGCAUGCCAUUAUCCCAGAUGUACCCUCAGCUGUUCACUGCAAAGAUCUAUCAUCUGAUCCUUCUAAACAUCUUAUAUCUUCUGAUUCAUCACAGACUGUUAGGCAACAUAUAACUCCCAGAAAGGGUGUUGUACGUCAAAGAAGUAGUCAGUCAAAGGAAAAGCCUUUUUCAUGUUCAGAAUGUGGGAAAUAUUUUCCUUCUAAUUCAGGUCUUGUCAGACAUCAAAGAAGUCACACAGGUGAGAAGCCAUUUUCAUGUUCAGAAUGUGGGAAGUGUUUUACUCAAAAAUUAAAUCUCAUCAUACAUCAAAGAAGCCACACAGGAGAGAAGCCAUUUCCAUGUUUAGUAUGUGGGAAAUGUUUUCCUUCUAAAUCAAAUCUCAUUAUACAUCAAAGAAGUCACACAGGAGAGAAGCCAUUUUCAUGCUCAGAAUGUGGGAAAUGUUUUACCAGGAAAUCAGAUCUUGUUGGACAUCAGAGAAUUCACACAGGAGAGAAACCAUAUUCAUGUUCGGAAUGUGGUAAAUGUUUUACUUUGAACUCAAAUCUUCUUCAACAUGAAAGAAGUCACAAAGGGGAGCAGCCUUUUUCAUGUUCAGAAUGUGGGAAAUGUUUUACUCAGAAAUUGAAUCUCAUCAUACAUCAAAGAAGUCACACAGGGGAGAAGCCCUUUUCAUGUUCAGAAUGUGGGAAAUGUUUUACCAGGAAAUCUGAUCUUGUUAAGCAUCAGAGAAUUCACACAGGAGAAAAACCAUAUUCAUGUUCGGAAUGUGGUAAAUGUUUUACUUUGAACUCAAAUCUUCUUCAACAUGAAAGAAGUCACAAAGGGGAGCAGCCUUUUUCAUGUUCAGAAUGUGGGAAAUGUUUUACUCAGAAAUUGAAUCUUAUCAUACAUCAAAGAAGUCACACAGGGGAGAAGCCCUUUUCAUGUUUAGAAUGUGGGAAAUGUUUUACCAGGAAAUCAGAUCUUGUUGGACAUCAGAGAAUUCACACAGGAGAGAAACCAUAUUCUUGUUCGGAAUGUGGUAAAUGUUUUACUUUGAACUCAAAUCUUCUUCAACAUGAAAGAAGUCACAAAGGGGAGCAGCCUUUUUCAUGUUCAGAAUGUGGGAAAUGUUUUACUCAGAAAUUGAAUCUCAUCAUACAUCAAAGAAGUCACACAGGGGAGAAGCCCUAUUCAUGUUUAGAAUGUGGGAGAUGUUUUCAUUCAAAGUCAAAUCUAGCCAUACAUCAAAGAACUCACACAGGAGAGAAGCCAUUUUCAUGUUCAGAAUGUACAAAAUGUUUUAGCAGGAAAUCAGAUCUUGUUAGACAUCAGAGAAUUCACACGGGAGAGAAGCCAUUUUCAUGUUCAGAAUGUACAAAAUGUUUUAGCAGGAAAUCAGAUCUUGUUACACAUCAGAGAAUUCAUACAGGGAAGAAGCCAUUUUCAUGUUCAGAAUGUGGGAAAUGUUUUGCAUUAAAAGCACAUCUUCUUCAACAUGAAGGAAGUCACACAGGGGAGAAGCCUUUUUCAUGUUCAGAAUGUGAGAAAUCUUUCUUACGAAAAGCAUGUUUUGUUGAACAUAAAAAAAUUCACACAGGAUGACAACCUCGGAUUCUGUCCAUGAUGAUCACAAGUUUGUGGCGCUCCAUUACACACCACCGACCCCCUCUAGGUCGCCCAACCCCUUUGACCCCACUAAUUUGCUUAUUUGGUUUGUUACUGGAUGAACAAUGGUUCCAUUUACACCCACAUUUUUUGAGAGAAACGUUAUUCUUGAGCAGGACCUUCACCAUUGAGCUGAAGCGGGUGGACUCCCAACUAUUGUUAAAUGGAAGUCCAUAAUCAAUGCUAUAAUACCACUUGAGCAAACCAUCUAUAAAUGCAGAAAAUACCAUAAAGUAUGAGGGGGGCAUAGUGUAGUUAAUCUCUCACUCUAUACUUGCCUCAAACCUUCAGUCCAUCAGGACUUCUCUCUCGCACAUCUCACCCUUGAAGGUGGUGUUCAUCCUCUACUAUAGUCAUCUUGCUAUGUUCAUUCCAAUAUCCACACAUAUAUUGGUUUUCCUACCAUUAUUUCUAUCUACAUUUAUAGGCCUGUGCUCCUGCAUUCCACAUGAAAUCUAUGCUGUGUUUAGCAUACAUAUAUUGUGCAUAUUUGUCUUCUACAGGGGGUACUUGCUUGUGUAAUUGUGCUUGGAUGUGUAUGGUAUGGCACUAUAUUUUUG